AAGACAAUGGCAGGUGAAACUGAUGAAGAUGCUCACUCACGGUAGAGAAGAGAGAAAGAGCAAUAAGAGAGUUGAAAAAAGAGAAAACGAGGGAGAAAGAGAAGAUACUAAGAAGAUGAAGAUGAGAGGGAGGCUGUUAGAUGGUAAUAGAAGAUGAUGAUUACUGUUGGCAUUUGGCUUUCGAGUGAGCAACAAGCACCUGCCUUUGUCUGUGUAUCUUUUUUCUCUCAAAUAUUGUAUUUGUUUUUUUCUUUGUUAAAAUUGUUCUUUUCUCUUCUUCUCUCUCUCUCUCUCUCUCUCUCUCUCUCUCUCUUGAUUGUUGUUUCUCUUGUAAAACAUGAUCAACAUGAUGAUGUUUUCACUUCUCCAUCUUUAUCAAAUUCUUGAUUCUUUUCUUGUAAUACAAUUGAAAAGACAAUACUUUUAAUUCACUGCCUUUGUUUUCUCCUUUGUUUCUUUUUCUGUUUGUUUCUCUCUCAUAUCUUACUUUUCUUUUAUUUCUCUCUCAUCAACCACUGAACUUUUUAUUCUCCAUCAACACCUUGGAAUUGUCAUUUGUUUAUCUAGUGCUCUCAUUCUGACACAUUCAUGUUCUCUUUGGAUUCAACUAUUUACCAUGAGGAUAUCAAAUUCUAUUUUCUGUCACUAGUGAAUUUAAGCUUCUUUUUUAAUCUCUAGUUGUUGUUAUUGUUGUGAUGGUUCCUUGUCACAAGUCACCCAAAUUUAACGUUUUCCAAUCUUCAUUUCGUCCGUUUGAUUAAUUGUGACCAUAAAAGAAGCACUUCAAUUGUAAUCAACAUGAUGGAUGGAACCAAAUCAGAGAUACCAAAAGUUUCAACACUCGAUUCAACUCGUUUUAAUGUGAGAUACAUUGAACGGGAGAGGAAAAGAUUAUCAAUUGUACAGUUUCCAUUCUAUUCAGCCUUAGGUUGUCUUGUGCCUUUUCUUACAGCUCAUAUGAACGACAUUGGACUAACUGCUAAACAAUCAGCUCUAAUUAACACUCUAACUGGACUAAUUAGUGUUCUCGGUCCGUUAAUAUUUGGCCCGAUCGCUUAUCGUUACCAUAAAUAUAAUCUAAUUAUUUGUGUGACUCUUUUCCUCUCGACCAUUUCCUAUACCUCAUUGUUAUUUGUUCCUAGAGUAUUGAGAACAGCUAAACAUUCAUCAAUUAUAUUUGAUUGUACCAAUGGUGAAUUGUUAAUUGAACGAUGUCAAAAUUGGGAAAAUAAUUGUUCACUUCAUCCUAAGCGUUUGGCCUAUGGUAAUUUCACUGAUUUUACCUUAUAUUCAUGUAACUAUGCUUGUGACAUAAACAAUUCAUUUCUUCAUGGUAACAACAGUUUCUCAUCAUCAUCAUCAUCAUCAAAAAUUGACUCUAAUUAUUACCAAUCUUCACCAUCUUCAUCUUCCAAUGUUAUUGAUCCAAUUCAAGUUUGUUUUGAAAGUUCAUCGGAAGGAACUCUUUGUUUAGAAUCAUCUGAUUCACCUAAACCAUCAACCUCAGUUAAUCCAGUUACUGGUAAAUAUUUAGAUCCGAUUCAGUUUGAUUCUAGAUUUGAUCGAUGGCCUGAAAGUGAGCCCAGGGGACUGUUAAUUGGUAAUAGUCACCUUGUUUCAUGCUCUUUUCAGCCCAACGAAGCUUUAAUUAUAAAAAGUCAAAAUUAUCAAUCAAUCAGCUGUAGACCAGCUAAGCCUGGUUGUUUUAUCCAUUGUCGGGUUGAUAUGGUCCAUAGAUCACAUUCAAUUUUAACAAGCCCACUACCUUGUUACCGAUUAUCUGGCCGUCCACAGGUUACUUUUUAUUCCUAUUUGGCCUUACGAAGUGUUGCCGAUUUAACUUUGUUCACUGGUUUCUCUUUACUUGAUUCCCUGGCAAUUACCUUGACCAAUGAUUUUGAUUCAAUUUAUGGAAGAGCAUCUAAAUUAUUCGCCAUCACCUUACCGAUGUCUCUCUGGUCUAUUGGAGCUGGAAUUUUAUCCGAUUACUUUUCUCUGGUCACUAAACGUCCAGAUUAUUCACCAAUAUUUGUUAUCUAUGAUGGUUUCAUCUUGAUUACUAUUAUUUUAAUCAUUUGUUUCCCAGUUGAACCAAUUUCAAUAACAUCUAAUCUCAUCUCUUACACAUCAUUAUCAUCAACUAGUCUCAAUGGUGAAUCCAAUCGACGUCAACAACAAAACCAGAAUUCACCUAAUCACCAAUCAACUUUAACCAAAAUCUCAUCAACACGAUCAACAACCAAGAAACAAACUGAAUCAUCAUCAAUGAAGUUCAGGCACAAGAUUGGAUUAUUUUUACUAUUACCAUUUACCCUAAUUCUUGGUACAACAUGGGGAUUACUUUAUAAUUAUUUACCUGCUUACUAUUUGGAGCUUGGAAUUGAUAAAACUUGGUUAAGCGUCGCCUAUUCAUUAGGAUUUAUUGGUUAUGCUCCCUUCUGUUUAAUUAUUAAAUCAUUAACCUCAGGAAUUGGAAGAAUCCAUCUAAUUGUGCUGGCAUUUACUUUCUAUUCAAUUCGUUUGGUUGGAAUAUCGUUCCUUCAUCAACCUCGUUGGACAAUUAUACCUUUCCAGUUAAUGGAAACCUUCACUCUUCCCUUAGCAUGGGUUGGAAUCACUUCAUCAAUUCAUCGGCUUUUACCUUCAUUUGCCACCGGAUCUCAUCUAAUUGUCCAAUAUACUUUGGUAAUUAUUCACUUUGGCCUUGGACGAUCAUUAGGUGGACUCUCCUGGUGGCUUUGGUUACAAGACUGGGAAUUUAAUCAUAAUCGUUGGAAUUGGUUAAUCUAUGAUUGGCCUUUAAUUCAAAUUGCAGCUAAUUACGAUAUAUCAAGUUACCGGUUAUUACUUCGUUUAACUGCAAUUAUCUUGGCAAUUUGUGGUUUCGUUUUACUCUUCUUUUAUCAUCUUUAUUGUUUCUGUUGUUCACCAAUUAAAAAACGAUCAUCAUCAUCAUCAUCAUCCCACAGGUUAAAAAAACAGAAAACAAAUAAUCGUCUAAAAGGUAAACAAAAGUCCCAACCAUCAACAUCGACCUCUAAUCAAUUGCAACAAUCAACGGAAACUGAUGUUUUACUCAAUGGUAUCCACGGUAGAAGUGGUGAAGAUAUUGGUUCACCAUCAUCACCAUUUAAUUCACCUUCCGGUGACAAUAAUCAAUCAAUGAUUAACGAUCAAUCUAAAUUGAUAACAUCACCUAAAACAAUGACUACAAUUAAUGAAAUGCCUUCUAAUGGUGAAACAAAUGGAAUCAAGUUAAUCAGUAAAGUUGGAGAAGACGAUUUGUAACUAAAUUAAUUAACUAAACGAAUUAAUUGUUUUCCAAAUUUAUCUCAUCAUUUAUCAUCAAUUCAUCAUCAUUAAGCAAAUUAUUUUCAAAUAAUCAUCAUCAAUGGUCACUUAAUUAUAUUACCAAUGUAUUGGACUCGCAAUCUCACCUUGAUUACAAUUUGUUUUAAUUGUAUCAAAAGAAAACAAUCAAUUGUAAUAAUUUAUAAACACAAUAGAAAUGAUAUUUAUUGAUCAUUUUUUGUUGAUCAUUAAUAUAUUGUAAAAGUUAUUUAAUUAUAAUUGUAAUGAUUACAAAUCUGAUUAUGUAGUUCUCGUUGAUAAAAAUUAACAUUGAGUUAUAAUAUUAAUCAUCUUAAUUGUGAACACAAUUACAUAAUCAACAUGAAUCUAAUUCCAUCUUUAAUGGGUGUAACAAUUAUAAUUGUAUCUUUUGUAUGAUAAUCAGUCAACAAUUAAGAGAGAAAGAAACUGUUUUCAUUCAAUCAGAAUUAACUUUUCCAAUUCUGAAAAAAUGAAACAAAAAAUAUUAAUUGUUAGACAUUUCAAUUGAUCACAACCAUCAGGAAUAAACAAUCAAUCACUAAUUUGAUUAUUUGCUGACCAACCUAAUCAAAGUUAAACAAUUAACUGUUUACUUUGCCUCGAUUUUUAAAUUAUCAAUCAUUGUUUUCAAUAAUUAAAUGUUGACUCA